AUGAAGAAACCAAGCUGUCGAUUCAUUUUCGAGAAGCAUGUUGUCUCAGAUUUCAUUUCAGCGUUCCUAAUCGUGGCGCUCCUAUUAAUUUUAAAAAACCAAGAAGUAACUGCAGAUAAUGCCAACAACAACAAUAAACAAGUACCAGCAUUUUUUCUAAAGAUUGCAAAAACCAUUCCUCGCAUAGGUAGGAGAAGUCAACCAAAUUAUGUUGGUGAAAACGCUAAUAUAGCUGAGGAGGUUCCAUGGCAUGAUACUAAUGACCAAGUUAGCGAUGUGUCUAAACGCAAAGACGGUUUUUCGCCAGAUAGCGAUACGUGGAACUGGCAACAUUUUCCAUUGGCAGUUGAAGGACCACCUGAACUAUGGAGAAGCUUAGCAGGCUAUAGCCGCGAUCCCCUGUAUGGAGUUUCAAAUGAAAACUUCAACAACGAACUCUGGCUACAGGAUUAA